AUGUGGCAGCAGGUGCUGGCGAGCGGCGGCGGGGGGUCGACGAUGGGGGAAGCGAUGGCGGUGGUGAAGAAAUCGACGAACCCGAAGGAGGAGUUCAAGAGGUCGACGAUGGAGAUGAUAGCGCAGUCGCCAGUCGGCACUAUUGCGAGGAAAGAAAGGGAUGGAGCAGAAAUGGGCUGGGUAAUUAGAGACUUAGGGUUAAAAUGGGUCAAAGUGGGCUUGAAUGGGUUUUAA